AUGGACACCGCUUAUCUGGCGACUUCGUACUCGUACGACAACAAGGACUACUUUGAGCCUAGCGUCGCCGUAUUGCCAACGCCGUGCGGCUUCCAGCAGCCACAGCAUGGACAUCUUUACCCUAUUGUACCGACGUCCAUACAUCAAGUUCACAGCAACACGCAUCUUGCGGGAAACGAACAGUAUGAUCAUUCGGUCGCCUUGCAGCCGUCUAUGUUUUACUACGCUGCAGCAGCUGCAGCUGGACCCUCUCUAAGCACACCACAAGAGGAUUCGCCAGCCACUCUGCAGAAUAAAAACGCGGUCGACGAGUUGAAUGGUGUCACUCCCCAGGGUGCUCGCAAGCGUGGUAGCAAACGAGGGCGUCCAACGAAGAAUCCGGUCUGGACAUUUUUCCGCCGAAUCGACGACAAAAGCGUGCAAUGCAACAUGUGCGCUAGGCUUGUCAAGUCAGCAUGCGCCACGAACAUGAGCAAACAUCUGGAACGACACCACCAGAAUGCAGCUACUGUGACGACGUCGGGUCCGAUUGAUCAAGUUGACUUCAGCGCACACAAGGUAGUCACGAGCUAUGAUCACUAUCAAAACAUGCAGGCGCUCCAGCGUCCCUUACCAGGAGUGCCGUGGAAUCCUGAUCGACGAGGUGCUAAACGAAACCGUCGAACGAAACAUCCGGUGUGGGAGUUGUUCCGGCGGACAACCGAUGGCAAUGCACAGUGCAUUUUGUGCAGUGUUGUGGUGCGGUCUCCAUGUUCGAGUAACUUCAUGGGUCAUCUUAAUCGACAUCAUUCCGAGCACUAUCAGGACAUAUAUAACCGAUGGCUGGAAGGUCGAGUCGACAUGCCCAGUCUGCCCAGCUGA